CGCUUCCAGCUUAAAUAGCAGCCUCCGCACCUUCCCUCUGUUUUCUCCUCAACCUUCCACCUUCCACCACCACCGCCAGCUGCGCCUUGUUCCGCGACUACCUUGCUCAAUUAUCGCUCACCUUUCCACGCUUUUCCUGAGUCCAAGCGCGUCGUUUUCAUCAAUGGCACGCGAAAAGCGCCCUGCGCUGCCUGCCGCGUACGGCACGCCCGGCAACAAACCGCCUCAAUAUCUGAUUGGCGAGGUCAGCGGCACGCCUGAGACGGCUUCUGACUACUCCUUUGCCACCGUCAAUUCCGCCACCCCCAUCAACCGCGCCGCGUCCUCUCCUCCGACCACCAUCGAGAGGACUGGCAUCGACGCUGCCCUGAUGACCGUCGUCAACGCUGAGGCUUCGAAGCUCUUCGGCCUCUCCUCUGGUUCCGCCCGUAGUACACUCGACGCGGCCCGUCUCAUCGAACACACUCACAGUUUUACAGUUGAUGCGCCCUUGCCUCCCCAGACGCCUUCCGAGAAGGAGAAUAAUGCCCCAUCGUCUCCUAUCAACCCGGGAAAUGGAAAGUCGGCUGCUUGCCCAGCCAACGUUCACCGUGGUAACAAGUUGGCUGCUUUCUUCUCCAAGGGCAUUGAAGCCCCGAAGCCCACGUCUGCUACCGCCACCGCCGCUGCCGUCAGCACCAAGCGAUCCGCUGACGACGCCGGACUUCACGCCGAAGAUGGCAGCCGGAUGGCUGAUGCUGCGCUCAACGCAAAGCCCGAUGUCGCAGCUCGCAAUAACAGUGCUCCGAAGCAAGGUCGCAAGACAUCGAUCAAACCCGCCCAGAAGCCUCAGAAGAAGCUUGUCCGAAAGUCGGCUCGUCCGGUCAAUCAGACACCGCCACGCAAGAGGCAAAAGGUAGACCUUGCAGUCCAACACAAAGUUCAUGAUGAUUCGGAAGGAUCAGACCGCGACGAUGUCGAUAUGAUGGAUGUUGAAGAAGCUGAAGCUGGCGUGAGAAGCGAGCCCAUUACCGACAACAACAAUAACGACAACAACGAUGCCCCCAAAGCGGUACCGGUCAGCAGUGAAGUCAAGAAGAAUGCCAACAACAAUGGCGCCAAACAGAAAACCGCGGCCGACACCAAUGAGGACCAUGUGCUCGUCCUCCAAACCAUGAAACGUUCCGCGCGUAUUCUGAACCCAGAAGACCCAGUCGAUGCUGCCCUCAUUGCCGAAGCCGAGAAACACAAGGACACUACUCUAUAUGACACUGACGAUGAGCGCGAGGGUGACUUGAAAGGUAACAUCAGCAAGCCCGAGUUGUUCCGCAACGUUCGCUGGAAGGAUGUUGCUUACGAUACCGAUGUUGAGCCUUUCGAGCCGACACUCGACUUCAAUGGCUUUGUCCCCGGUCGCUUCGAGCGCAUGCCCGAUGGGACUGUGCGUGAUCAGAAGUCCAAGCUCUUGACGAAGCUUGUCGAUGCCAACGGUAACCGCAGGAUCUAUCGCAACCCACCACCGAAGGACUGGAACAACCAGGAGGCCUUGACCGCUCUCAACAAGCGCAUCGUUCAGCAAAUUCGCCGCAAUAGCAACGUUCGUUUCCGACGUCAAGUCGUUCCCUACGAGCAGUUUGAGCGCGAGUGGAUCCUGAAGAACCUGAACAGCUCCGGCAAGCCGAAAAAGGGGUGGAUCGAGUUUGUCGCUGAUUUCAAUGAACAGUUCGAAGGAAAGGUCUUCGACGGCGUUAUCGAACCCCGCCCCCAGCGCUCCGUCUCCAGCCUCACCAAGGAAGUUGACCGAUUCCAUGACGACUAUUCGCAGGGACGUGUCCCUGAGCCCGCUGCCGACAAGGACAAGCGUAAGACCAGUUCCGGAAAGCGCAAGGCCACCGACAAUGUUGAUACCGCCGAGAUGGCAACUGUCUCCAAGAAACGCAAGGCUAAUUCCGACGGGACUGCCGGACCCUCUGCUGCCUCUAAGAAGCGCAAGGUCAGCAACUAAGUUUGCUUCACUGGUGGACGCUUCGACAUAAUGUCACGUAUGUUAACUAGCCCACCUUCAUUGUUGUCGGUUGUUCGCUGUAUCCGGAUGACUCGACUCACUGCUACCCUAUCAGGAGGCGCUCGAAUGUUGACGUUGAUUUAGCGACAGGAUGAUGUAUCGACCUUCUA